AUCGCAGUGGAAGCGGUUCGUAUCAGUCGUAUCAUCGCACUCAUCACGUCAAGUCGCCUUUCGAAUGAGGCAACUGCAAUUUUUUUAACGCUUUUAUUUGAACCAAAAUAUUUGCUCCAUAAAUAAAACAGUGAGAUAUUUAGAUUCGAUUUAUUGAAAAUAGAAACGAAUUGGUUGUUUGGUUUUUUUUUUAAAGAAAGAGUGAUCGUCGUUGACGUAAACUGAAAACAAGUUCGAAGAAAAAUUUACAAUAAAAUUAACGUUUUGAUAAUGUAACGAACAGAAAACGUAAAUUUGAACAUUCCGAAUUUAAAAUCACAAAACAUAAGCAUCGAACAUAUAAACGCAAAUACAGAGAGGAAAAAAAAAGCAAUAGACUCCAAGAGAGAAAAUUUACGUCGACCUUUUAAACGAACAAAUGCAAUAAUUAUUCGUAAAAAAAACGCUAUCAGAGAUAAACACGAACCACAAAUACUAUUCAAAAAAGUUCGAUCGAGAAUAAUCAAAGUACAUAAUAACCAUAUCGAUUUAUGUUGGAAGCAAAAUAUUUACAUAAAUUGACACCAGUGAUAGUUGAUCAAACAGUGUGCACAAAUUAAGUUGCAGUGGAACAUAGCGAUUCGUCAACAAACAAAACGAUAAGAAAGUAAAUGAAUCGAGCCAAAUCGGCGAAUAACAAUAGCAACAGCAACCGCGACCACAGUAGUAACAACAACAAUCGAGAUUCAAUCAAUCGCCAAAUCAACAAAUGAGGAAAUUGCUUGCAUAUCCCUAAAUUGCUCUAAAUUAACCAACCGAUUUUGACCCAAUUAUUUGACGACCACCAGCGGUCUACUACAUUUACUCCACGCAAAGGCCUCCUAAAAUUGGUCUGAACCAACAAAAAUGAUGAAAGAAUCAAAAAUGGGCCAUGACAAUCAAGCAAUGUCAAACUCAAGCGUUUCGCUGAGCAUGCCACAAGAGCCGCGCGGAAGCUAUCGCGGUUCCAACGAAUUUAUACUGAUGAAAGAUAACGAAGACUCCUGUUGCAAUUUCCAAUUGGGCCCAUGGAUUCAGAAGAAAGUGCAAAAUGUAUGCACCAAAAAAAUGCUACACAAACGACUGCCAAUCAGCAACUGGCUUCCGAGAUAUUCAAGUGAAGAUGCAGUUGGUGAUUUGGUGGCUGGUAUUACAGUUGGUUUAACAGUAAUUCCUCAAGCGCUUGCCUAUGCUGGUAUUGCCGGUCUCGACCCAGCUUACGGUCUCUAUGGAUCAUUCAUGGGAUGUUUCGUGUAUAUUUUGCUCGGUUCAUGCAAAGAUGUUGCGAUGGGACCAACGGCUAUCGCUUCUCUGCUGACAUAUCAAGCGGCUGGUGGUGUGUGGCAAAAGGCUGUGCUGCUAUCCCUCUUGACUGGAAUUGUUGAAAUUAUCAUGGGCUUCAUGGGACUUGGAUUUCUUCUGAAUUUCGUCAGCGGUCCAGUGAGUUCGGGCUAUACAAGUGCUGUAUCAUUGAUUAUUUUAACGUCUCAAGUGAAGGAUAUCCUGGGUAUCAAAGCCAAAGGAACCACAUUCGUCGAGAUUUGGUCGUCAAUUUUUCAAAAUAUUCACACAGCCCGAAUGAAUGACACUCUCAUGGGUGUUUCAUGCCUCGUCAUUUUGCUGCUAAUGAGAUUGUUGGUGACAAAACAAAUCGGACCGAAAGAGGAUCAAAUGAAAUCUAGCUUCCAGAAAGUGAUCAACAAAAUCAUUUGGCUCAUUGGCACAGCACGCAAUGCCAUUUUGGUUAUUUUGACCGGCAUGAUUUCGUAUUUGAUGCACCAGUCACAUCAAGCCGAUUUGCAAGUUAUCGGCAAAAUCCCGUCGGGAAUGCCAAACAUUCAAGUACCACCAUUUUCCAUUCCUGAGAUUCGUAAUGAAACUAGCGGCGAAGUACUUCAACAAGGCGUGUCUUUCUCUGAACUUGUCUCGGAAAUGGGCUCAUCACUUAUUGUUAUUCCAUUGAUUGCACUCCUGGAAAAUAUCUCCGUUUGCAAAGCUUUUGCCAACGGCAAAUCAGUCGAUGCAACACAAGAAUUGUUCGCAAUUGGAACGUCAAACAUUGUAAAUUCAUUCUUCCAAGGCUAUCCGGGUACUGGCUCACUGUCACGCGGUGCUGUAAACAAUGCAUCGGGCGUUCGUACUCCAUUGGGCGGUCUUUAUACUGGUGUCAUAGUCAUCGCUGCCCUCUUCCUCACUCCACUCUUUUACUACAUUCCCAAAGCAGCUUUGGCAUCGAUUAUCAUUGCGGCCGUCAUUUUCAUGGUCGAAGUCAAAGUUGUUAAGCCGAUGUGGCGCAGCAAAAAAACUGAUUUGAUCCCUGGAAUGGCCGCUUUUGUUGCUUGCCUCGUUCUUCCAUUGGAAAUUGGCAUUUUGGCUGGAAUCGCCAUGAAUAUCAUUUUCAUUUUGUAUCAUGCUGCACGACCAAAGAUCUCCAUUGAAUUCCUAUCGACAUCGACUGGUUCAAAAUAUCUAAUGUUGACUCCGGAUCGUUGCCUUAUCUUCCCAUCGGUGGAUUAUGUGAAGAAUUUAGUGAAUAAGCUUGGUUCCAAAUCGCAAGUGCCAGUUGUAAUUGAUUGCACCCAUAUCUACGGUGCUGAUUACACCGCUGCUACUGUCAUUGAAACAUUGGUGGCCGAUUUCUCCGGACGUCAACAAAUGCUGAUAUUUUACAAUUUGAAGCCAAGCGUUGGACAAGUAUUCGAAGGAGUCGACACCGAUCUGAGCGUUCAAUACGAUUUGGCAUCAUUGGAACGAGUCAUCGAUGAACGCAAAAUUUAAUCUCAACACAAAUUUUAUUUAAAAAAAACCAAAAAAAAUUAUAAUAAUUUAAUUUAAAUGAAAAAUUAGAAUAUAAAUUGUAUCAUACCGUUAAACAUUUUAUAUAGACGUUAAAAGAAGUAUUAUUUGAUUUUAAGAAAAAUGUAGAAUUUGUUAGGAAUUUAACAAAAUACAUCAUUGAUAUUAUUUUAAUGUAAGGCUCAAUAAAUUGUGUACAAUCAUUUUCAGAAGAAUAUAAAA